AUGGUAAUUGCCGUCGAGGAGAAUUCUCGAAAUAUGCUUCCCACUUCGUCGCUGCGAAUCAAUCCGAAGUACGCUCAGAUAACUGAACUUGUCCCGGGUCUGUACAUCUGUGGGGUGAGUUCGCUAACUGCGGACAACAUCGAACAUUAUAACAUAUCACUGAUCAUCAACGCAACCAGCGAGGUUUGUCCAGAAUUUUGUUAG